CUGGCCGUGGCUGCUGCUGCUGCACGUCUCGCGCCUAAGUUUAGCACGCGCUCGGACGAGGACAGCGCGUCGUUACCGGGCCGGCUGGGCCACGUGAUUCCGGAGAGACGCCACGCACAAUAUUGGAGAAGACUUUGUGGUGAAAAUGAUAACUUUAAGAGACACGGUGUAAAAGUUACUCCGAAAACAGCAGGAAGCCCGAGAUGCAUCUUUUCUGCUUGGCGUAAACUGGCGGUUCAAGCGACGCUCUUCACUUGAGAGAACCACAGCAACGGAACCUGGGGAAAUCUCGGGAAAAUCUCGCGAUAUUCACGGGGGGAACAAGUUGAGGAAACAUGGCGACCUCUCAUUUGCUGAAGAACAAAGGUUCCCUCCAAUUUGAGGACAAGUGGGACCUGAUGAGACCCAUUGUGCUGAAACUGCUUCGCCAGGAGUCCGUAACAAAACAGCAGUGGUUCGAUCUCUUCUCAGAUGUUCAUGCAGUUUGUCUGUGGGAUGACAAAGGUCCAGCAAAGAUCCAUCAGGCUCUGAAAGAAGAUAUCCUAGACUUCAUCAAACAAGCACAAGCACGAGUGCUCAGUCACCAGGAUGACACAGCCCUGCUCAAGGCCUACAUUGUGGAAUGGCGCAAGUUCUUCACCCAGUGUGACAUCCUGCCCAAGCCCUUCUGCCAGUUGGAGAUUACCCUCAUGGGCAAACAGGGCAGCAACAAGAAGUCCACUGUGGAGGACAGCAUUGUGCGUAAGCUAAUGCUGGAUACGUGGAACGAGUCCAUCUUCUCCAAUAUCAAGAGCCGGCUGCAGGACAGCGCCAUGAAGCUGGUUCACGCUGAGCGACUGGGAGAAGCAUUCGACUCACAGCUAGUUAUCGGUGUGCGGGAGUCCUAUGUGAACCUCUGCUCCAACCCUGAGGACAAGCUGCAGAUCUACAGGGAUAAUUUUGAGAAGGCCUACCUGGAUUCCACAGAGAGGUUCUACAGAGCCCAGGCCCCUUCCUAUCUCCAGCAGAAUGGGGUGCAAAACUACAUGAAAUAUGCAGACGCUAAGCUCAGAGAAGAGGAGAAGCGAGCACUUCGCUAUCUGGAGACGAGGCGUGAAUGUAACUCUGUCCAAGCACUGAUGGAGUGCUGUGUGAACGCCCUGGUGACAUCCUUCAAGGAGACUAUCUUGGCCGAGUGUCCAGGCAUGAUCAAGCGCAAUGAAACCGAGAAGCUCCACCUCAUGUUCUCACUCAUGGACAAGGUGCCCAGUGGCAUUGAACCCAUGCUGAAGGACCUGGAGGAGCACAUAAUCAACGCUGGGCUGGCAGACAUGGUGGCUGCAGCAGAGACAAUCACCACGGACUCUGAGAAGUAUGUGGAGCAGCUCCUCACACUUUUCAACCGCUUCAGCAAACUGGUGAAGGAGGCCUUCCAGGAUGACCCACGCUUUCUGACUGCCAGAGACAAGGCCUAUAAAGCUGUCGUAAAUGAUGCUACGAUAUUCAAACUGGAACUUCCGCUGAAACAGAAAGGGGUGGGACUGAAAACGCAGCCUGAGUCCAAAUGCCCUGAGCUGCUGGCCAACUACUGUGACAUGCUGCUGAGGAAGACCCCGCUGAGCAAGAAGCUCACAUCUGAGGAGAUCGAACUCAAACUGAAAGAAGUGUUGCUGGUUUUGAAGUAUGUCCAGAACAAGGACGUGUUCAUGCGCUACCACAAAGCUCACUUGACGCGGCGCCUCAUCUUGGACAUCUCUGCUGACAGCGAGAUCGAGGAGAACAUGGUGGAAUGGCUCAGGGAAGUUGGCAUGCCUGCUGACUACGUGAACAAACUGGCCAGGAUGUUUCAGGACAUAAAGGUCUCAGAGGACCUAAACCAGGUCUUCAAAGAGAUGCAUAAACACAACAAGCUGGCAUUACCAGCCGAUUCAGUCAACAUCAAGAUCCUGAAUGCGGGUGCCUGGUCGCGCAGCUCAGAGAAGGUGUUUGUGUCGCUUCCCACGGAGUUGGAAGACCUCAUCCCUGAGGUGGAGGAGUUCUACAAGAAGAACCACAGUGGCCGGAAGCUGCAUUGGCACCACCUCAUGUCAAAUGGAAUUAUCACGUUCAAGAACGAAGUAGGACAGUAUGACCUUGAGGUCACAACCUUCCAGCUGGCUGUUCUGUUUGCCUGGAACCAAAGACCCCGAGAAAAGAUCAGCUUUGAAAAUCUGAAGUUGGCCACAGAGCUUCCUGAUGCAGAACUCAGAAGGACCCUCUGGUCUCUUGUAGCCUUCCCAAAGCUCAAGCGACAAGUGCUGUCAUACGAACCCCAGGUCAGCUCUCCCAAAGACUUCACAGACGGCACCCUCUUCUAUGUGAACCAGGAGUUUUCUCUCAUUAAAAACUCCAAGGUGCAAAAGAGGGGGAAGAUCAACCUGAUCGGCCGGCUACAGCUUACCACAGAGCGGAUGCGGGAGGAGGAGAACGAGGGAAUUGUCCAGCUGAGGAUACUAAGGACACAGGAGGCCAUCAUCCAGAUCAUGAAAAUGCGCAAGAAAAUCACCAAUGCCCAGCUGCAGACAGAACUGGUGGAGAUCCUCAAGAACAUGUUUUUACCACAGAAGAAAAUGAUCAAGGAACAGAUUGAGUGGCUCAUUGAGCAUAAGUACAUCAAAAGAGAUGAGACGGACAUUAACACCUUCAUCUACAUGGCGUAGCACAGAGCAGCUCCUAUGGUUCGUGGAGGUGCAGGAAAGGAGGAAGAUGCUGAAGUCGAUGCCUGACGGACACUGUCUUGGAGGCCACUUCACAAUAUCACCAGGCUUGUGUAUGGAAGCAAAUUUCAGUUGGAUUCAAGCACUGACAGUUACUGUUCAGUGACUGAAAUAUUACAAUCCCUGCCUUGCCUUACCUUACUGAGAAGAAAGAUGACGGAAGGGACUACAUUUUGCCAAUUCUAGUCAGUAUGCAUGGUGGCGUUUGCCUUGGCAUUUUUACAUCUGCGGCAGCAUGCUAUUCUGUGGAAAUUACGCGUUCGUUGGAGAACCUCUUGUGUGUGCUGUGUUGUGCAUUUUUCUCCCUCCCCAGUUGCCCUACAGCCUCACCCGCCCCCACUGCACACAUUUCGGGCCGCCUGGACGAUGUACAGAUAGGCCCUGCCUUCUGCACUGAGACCACAGCCCCUGCCGAGGACACGCUCAUGAGCCCUUUUGUUUGGCACAUGGAUGUUAGAACAGGAGGAACACUGUCUGUACUUGUAGGCACCUUGUGCUGAUUAGCAUUUGUCUUGAUUUUUCUGGAGAUUUUUCUUCAGAUUCUCCUAGAAUCUACAGCCCAUCAGACUGAUUCAAUAUCAAGGAUGAAGACAAUGCAUUUUCAUACAUUCUCGCCUGUUGUGCUGCACAGAGUUGACAUGGCAGUGACACACUGUCAUUGGCUGUCGACCCUCCCUUUCCCUCCAAGAAGACUAGUAAAGGUAGUAAAAGGGUGAACAUUGUCCUGAGUUCAUGGAAAGUGGGAUCUUUCACAUUUAUUGGGUCUCUUGCAACUUUCUCUUUUAGUUGCCUUUCUUUGCUCUUGUAGCUGUGGCAAACUUCGACCCCCC